AUGCGUUUUUCAAAUUUCCUAACUGUAUCUGCAUUAUUAACCGGAGCUCUAGGAGCUCCUGCUGUUCGCCAUAAACAUGAAAAGCGUGACGUUGUUACUGCCACAGUCCAUGCGCAGGUUACUGUUGUCGUUUCCGGUAACAGCGGCGAAACUAUUGUUCCAGUGAACGAGAAUGCUGUUGUAGCUACUACCAGCAGUACUGCAGUUGCUUCUCAAGCAACUACAUCCACUUUAGAACCAACAACUUCCGCUAAUGUCGUCACUUCUCAACAACAAACCAGCACUCUUCAAUCUUCCGAGGCAGCAUCUACGGUUGGUUCUUCGACUUCAUCCUCACCCUCAUCCUCAUCCUCAACUUCAUCUUCAGCUUCAUCCUCCGCUUCAUCUAGUAUCUCAGCCUCCGGUGCUAAGGGUAUUACUUACAGUCCUUACAAUGAUGAUGGGUCCUGUAAAUCUACUGCUCAAGUCGCCUCAGAUUUAGAACAGUUGACUGGUUUUGACAACAUCAGAUUAUAUGGCGUUGACUGUAGUCAGGUUGAGAAUGUCUUGCAAGCUAAAACUUCAAGCCAGAAAUUAUUCUUAGGCAUAUAUUACGUUGACAAAAUUCAAGACGCCGUUGAUACUAUUAAAUCUGCAGUUGAGUCUUAUGGCUCCUGGGAUGAUAUUACCACUGUUUCUGUCGGUAACGAACUGGUCAAUGGCGGUUCUGCCACUACGACGCAAGUCGGUGAAUACGUUUCCACGGCCAAGUCAGCUUUAACCUCUGCUGGUUAUACAGGCUCAGUCGUUUCCGUUGAUACCUUCAUUGCUGUUAUAAAUAACCCUGACCUGUGUAAUUAUUCUGACUAUAUGGCUGUCAACGCCCAUGCAUACUUCGAUGAAAAUACUGCGGCCCAAGAUGCAGGACCAUGGGUACUAGAACAAAUCGAAAGGGUUUACACUGCUUGUGGUGGGAAAAAGGACGUCGUUAUUACCGAAACUGGUUGGCCAUCUAAGGGUGAUACUUACGGCGAAGCUGUCCCAUCUAAAGCAAACCAAGAAGCCGCCAUUUCUUCUAUCAAAAGCUCCUGCGGCUCUUCAGCUUACUUAUUUACCGCCUUCAAUGAUCUAUGGAAAGAUGAUGGGCAAUACGGUGUUGAAAAAUACUGGGGUAUUCUAUCAAGUGAUUAA